AUCUUCCAUCGUUCUCACCGCAACAUUCGGUCUCGUCUACCCUUGUGUGCGGACGUUCCAGUUUGUUCCUUUCCACCACAUAGCGGGUAAACCAAGCAGUUACCAGUAAAGCAAUCCAGAAAGAUGGCCAGCUUCAAGCCGUUUCUUCUCCUGUUGGCAUUGGGCACUUGCCUGUUCUUUACGGAGGCAAAACCGAGGCUGACUCGAGAGCUUGGCUCUCUGUAUGACGAUAUCCUUACGAGAGAAUUUAAAGAUCUUCUCGACGAGAAGCUGUUUGGCCAACGAAUGGCGCCAUCAGAUGUAUGGCCUAGGAAACUACGUAGAUUCGCCCGCAACUUUGACCUUGACGGCAACGGCGUAGUGACCAAAGACGAAGUCGUUGGAAAGACAGUAGAGGAAGCAAAGAACUCUCUAGACACGGAAACGGCUGCCGAAGUGGCCGACACUGUAGCCGAGGCAUGGAAGGCCGUGUUCGGCAUGCCUGAAAAUGGACUGACGAUCAGCUCCGAUGAUAUUGUAAAGACAGCCGACAUGGUAUGUGGCAAUGAAGACAGGAAGAGGGAACUCAGAAUAUGGGCAAGAAACGUCUUUGAAGAGGCCGACACUAACCACAACGCCGAACUUAGUCGAUCAGAGCACGGGCUCUCGUUUAGGAUGCUCCAUGUUCCCCCUGCUGGUCUCGCAGCAUCCUUUGUCGCCGCGGAUAGAAACAAAAAUGGCUCAGUCGAAAAGGAGGAAUUUGUGGAUGCAGUUGUAGAUUAUUUUUGUAAUAAAUCGCAGGAUUCCCCUUUGUUCGGGUAGUAGGUUUCAGUUUAAACGGAUGAUAUACGGAAUGCUGUAUAGCCUGCUUCUAGACGGUAGAAACAACUACUUUCUAGUAGUUCUCAACAGAACAUUUAACGGAAAUUUCAAGUAACACAUCAAAAUGGUCUACUUUCGUAAAAAAAUCACCUUUAAAUAAAUGUCUCAAAAAUGUUUUUUAUUUUGUUAUAUGUACCUGUUUAACCCGAUCUUUCAUAUAAAAGAAUUUAAGUUAC